AUGCCCUCUCACAGGGCCAUGAGUCACGAGCUCAUGCGGCCUUCUGACAUCUCCACUUUGGUGACGGGACGCGCGACGGCAAUCCUGGUAAUCCUGCUUCUUCCUUUGUUUUUCCCAAGGUGGUUUCACCCAAACAUCAGUGGAUUAGAAGCAGAGAAGUUACUCUUAACCAGAGGGGUCCAUGGCAGUUUCCUGGCUCGGCCGAGCAAAAGCAAUCCGGGGGACUUCACUUUAUCCGUCAGGAGGAACGAUGAGGUGACCCACAUCAAAAUCCAGAACACCGGCGACUACUAUGACCUCUACGGUGGGGAGAAGUUUGCAACUUUGGCCGAGCUCGUCCAGUAUUACACCGAACAGCAGGGUCUGCUACGAGAGAAAAACAGCAACAUUAUAGAGCUGAAAUACCCUCUCAAUUGCCAGGAUCCUACCUCGGAGAGAUGGUACCAUGGCCACUUGACAGGCAAAGAAGCUGAGAAGCUCCUGACGGACAAAGGCAAACCAGGGAGUUUCCUGGUCCGGGAGAGCCAAAGCAAACCGGGGGACUUCGUCUUGUCGGUGCUGACCAACGAGGACAAGGCAGACACGGGGGACCGGAAGCCCCGCGUGACCCACAUCAUGAUCCGGUAUCAGCCAGAUGGGAAAUAUGACGUUGGAGGCGGUGAGCACUUCGACACCCUCACAGAUCUGGUGGAACAUUAUAAGAAGAACCCCAUGGUGGAAAAGUCGGGGGCGGUGGUGCAUCUGAAACAGCCUUUCAACACCACGCGGAUCAACGCGGCCAACAUCGACAACCGAGUGAAGGAGCUGAACAAAAUGGCUGACCAAAGCGAGAAGUCCAAGCAAGGAUUCUGGGAGGAGUUUGAGAUGUUGCAGCAGCAAGAAUGUAAACUCCUCUAUCCCCGGAAAGAAGGGCAGCGUUUGGAAAACAAAGGGAAGAAUCGCUACAAAAAUAUCCUUCCCUUUGACACAACGCGAGUGGCUCUCCGAGACGUGGACGAGAGCGUUCCUGCUUCCGAUUACAUCAACGCCAAUUAUAUUAAGAAUAUUCUCGAAGAUGGGAGAAGUUCUGAACAUGGCAAGGUCUAUAUUGCCACUCAGGGCUGCCUCCAAACCACAGUGAAUGACUUCUGGGCAAUGGUGUACCAAGAGAACGCGCACAUCAUUGUCAUGACGACCAGAGAAGUGGAGCGAGGGAGGAAUAAAUGUUUCCGCUACUGGCCAGAUAAACACGGCACCAAGGAGUACGGCUGUAUCAGCGUCAGGAAUAACGGCGAACAGGAGGUCCAGGGUUACCAUAUCCGGGAACUGGAGAUUGUACGGACGGACAGGGAGGAGCGACCCAGACAGAUCAAGCACUUCCAGUUCUUCAGCUGGCCGGACCACGGGGUUCCCAACGAGCCGGGGGGCGUUCUGCACUUUCUGGACCAAGUCAACCGAGCUCAGCGAAGCUUUGCCGACACCGGGCCGAUCGUCGUGCACUGCAGCGCUGGGAUUGGACGAACCGGCACCAUCAUUGUGAUCGACAUCUUAAUGGACACCAUUAAUAGGCAAGGCUUGAACUGUGACAUUGAUAUCCCCAAGACCAUCCAGAUGGUGCGGCGGCAGCGGUCCGGAAUGGUGCAGACGGAAGCCCAGUACAAGUUUGUCUACAUGGCUGUGCAGCAAUACAUAUCCACCGAACAGAAGCGGCUAGAGGAGGAACAGAGAAACACAUGGACAGAGCGGGAAUACCUGAAUAUCAGAUACCUUCCGAUGGAGAAACCCAGGUCCCCUACGCCAGGGGAUGAUGAUGAGUCUUCCUCCGUGUACGAGAACCUCAAUAUCAAAACCCCAAAGGUUUUAGAGAGGAACAACUCUGGGAGAUAGCAGCUUGAGAAGAGC